UCGCACUCAUACACACUGCUCUGAUUUGAACUUCCUUUGUGUGAUGGUGUAUAUACAGCAGAGCGCAGAGCAUUCGAACACAACAAUGUCAGUAGAAUGAUGAAAUGAAGGGAGGGUGACGGCAAAGAACGAGAGUGCUGGCUGGCUGGCUGACUGUAUGCGGCUUUGAGGCUCUGAUGAACAUAUCUUUCACAACGACUGCUUAUUUCUGAUUUUACUAUGGUAGACUAAGUACACGCUCGUACGUUCGCUCGCAAGACCGCUGGAGUCACACAUAAAAUUUUUAGCGUAGUCGUAAAUAUAAAAAGCGCGUACUUUUUCGUAAUUUCAAAAGUGCGACAGUUCCUCGAUCCAACGAAAAUCGAUAGACCAACCAGCCAUUUCAGAACAUUGUGUUUUUUAUGAAUAAGUGAAUGAAUGAUAAAAAUUUGGGCAAAGCCAAACAGAAAAAAUACAGUUUUUAACCAAAAAUAAAACCCAAAUUAAAGGGUUUUUGAGUGAACCAACAAUCAUAAUAAGAGAAACUAGUGUAAAACAACAGAAACAGUGACCAACAACAUCUAACACCGAAACGUGCAACACUAAAAUUUUUGUUUAUUUGUUUACAUUACCUACCUGGUGUAAAGUAUUUUCGGUUGUUGUCAUUCCUUUUAGAGUUGAGUGCAAAGAAGGAAACGUAACACACAAUUAACACACACACGUACAUAGAGCCAAAUUCGCAUUCACCCAUUGGCGCCGCGCGUAACAAGAAAGACAUAAUCAAAACAAACAAUUAACCAACCAACCAUAAACAAUCAAAUUAAAAGGCAAAGAAGGAAGAGCAAGAAGAAUAUAAUCACAAACAAGAUCCCAUUCAUUGAUCAAUGAAUGUCGUCGUCGUGCCACCACCACCACCAACACCACCAUCCAUCUAAUGUGCCGCGCGUACUUGCCCAUCAUUGAAAACAAGAACAACAACAACACCAGCAGCCGACCGACCAUAGGACGGACAUCAGCUGUCAACUAACUGUUGACCAUUCAUAAAGCACACAGCAGCAGCAGCAGCAGCAUCAUUAGCGAUAGCGCCAAGAAACAUGUCAGAAUGCAUCAUUUUUGAAGUUUUGUCCUUGUGUUUAUAUCUCAAUCGAAUUGCCGCCACUGCAGACAAGUGCCAGUCGCGUCACUGCUGAGCCUCCUCACAAGACCCCCAAAGAAUAGCGAAGAAAUUCUCCCAGUCAACCCUUCCCCUCCAAAACCAACAAAAGUGGACCAUUCGAUUUUGGAGCCCUUUCAGCAAACACCUACAUCGCCACAAAGCCUUCACGACAGUAUUGUGGAUUUAUUCAUACGCUUCAAUCGAAUAAUGUGCACAGAGGUAAAUUCUGCCAUGGGUCUUCAAGCCACAGCCGCUACAAAGCGGAAGCAUGAUUUAUCGUUCGAUGCCAAGGACACAAACACCUAUACAAAUUGUCCGCCACCAAUUAAAGCCAGCAAGUGGUCAUUGAACAACAACAACUAUAUUGAUGCAGCACAGGAACAAAAAGUAACAGCUCUUAUCAAUGGCUAUAAAGUGGCCAAUCACAACAACAAUAACAACAAUGAAAACAAAAGUUGUCAACUAUCUUGCAGCAGCAACAACAACAACACCAAUGUAUCAUCCAUUAGUCUUAGAAAUGGUAAAGAAGUUCCCAAAUCAUCAACUAGCCCAGCCAUGUCGAAUACAACAAAUACAAUCGGUGCCAAUGUUUCCGUAAUGGUGGCCGAGGAUAACGCCACCACGCCAUUGCCACCGACUUCGAGUACACCUGUGCCAGAGGAUAGCAUAGCGAAAUUGGAAGUUGUGGCGAAUGCAGCCUGCGAGCCCUGGUCAUCUGCCCCCGAGCCUGUGGACUGUAUAUCGAAAUUACAAGCCGUAGCAGUGCCCAGUGAUCCAUGGGGCGGCAUUUCAACACGCUCGACCCUUGCAACCACACUGCUCAGCGCAGAUGAAUUGGACGACGAUGACGAUGAUUUCGAAGACGACUAUGAAGAAGAAGAAAGUAUUAUACCAACCUAUUGCCCAUUAAGAUAUCACACAUUCCCGGCCACCGCCAAUACGACGUCCAGUCUUCAAGGUCAGCGUAUGAGCGGAAGUUUUUCUCCCGCCUCAUCCCAGAGUUAUGGCUCCCGGCCUAAUUACUAUUCAGAGCCAUUCCCGCAGCAAAACUGCUCAAGAACCGGAAGUCCGCCACACAUGCGAACCGGCCCGAAUGGCUUCAUAUGGACGAACGGUCCCAAUAGUCCAUCGUCGUUCUAUUCCUCAUCUGAAUCUUCGUAUGCACCGCAACAACAACAACCACAGCAAACGAUCAGAUGCGCCGAGAAUGGCAAAUCGUAUUUGGAACUAGGCUGCAGUAGUCCUGUCUCCAAUCCCACCUUGAGUCCCAUUCUCUCACCCACGCCACCCUUUAUUGCAUCUGGUCUGGAGGCAAGGCACCCACCACUCAAGCGAUGUUGUGAUGGCCGUGGCACUUGGUGUAACAACAACAAAAACUGCUAUAAGGACAUACGUCUGAAGAUAAGGAAUCUGUCAAUGUUUAAGUUGUCACGCUUCCGCCAAGUGUCAGAGCAGUCGCUCUACAGAUCGGUAUUAAUCUGCAACACCCUAAAAAGAAUAGAUAGAGAGAUCGAAACGGAGGCUAAGGAGCUGCAUCAUGUGACGGCCCACGCCGCCCAACAGCAGCAACAUCUGCUGCAACAUUCGCUGCACCAACAACCGCAAUACCAUCAUCAUCUGCAUUCGCACAUGCAAAUACAGUCGCCAUUGCCAGUGCACACGAGCAACGGCAACCAGCAGCAAUCCCUACAGCACCACAAUACUCAACAGCCGAUGCUGCAUCCUCAACAUCAAGACUACAUGCCGGUGCUGAAUUGUGGUAGACUUGGCGGUAGUGUGGAAUAUCACAACCAGCAGCAACAAACAAGCCAGAACAGUUUUCACCAGCAGCAGCAGCAGCAGCAACAGCCGCAACAGCAUUACAACUCUGAGCGUUUAUUGGACAUUUCACAGCAAUCCUUUCAAAAUGUCAUUCACAAACCAGUCACAUCGUCGGCGCAAUUCUCGCAAGGCAACAGCAGCAGCUGUUCUGGAUCCAUGACGGCAACAACAACAACGCUACACCCCUACGAUCACUACCCAUUCCGGGAGUCCAAUUCAGGCCGCGUUACUCCUUUCCCCUGUCAAUCUGUGAUAUCAACGCCACCGCCUCCUGCCUCCUCGUUGCCAUCGGCUAUCUCAUCGUCACCUCCAACAUCCACUUCGACGCUUGUGCUCUCAGCGACAUCUGGCUGCACAACAAGUACAACAAUGUCAUCAACUUCCAACUCAUUAAUGUCGGAUACUGAUUCUGGAUUUGCGGACGACGACUCGACGAGGUCCAUCAACUGGAGUUCCGUUCUAAGUCUGUCGUCGCAAUCAGCCUUGGAUCCGUUGAACAACAAUGACAUAUUCUCGAUAUUGCCGCCUGCUAAUCCAGCUACAGCCGUCCCAGUAUCUGUCAACUCAGCAAUACCAGCCGGUGAAAGCAGUACAUCUUCUACGUCUGUAGGCAUAAGUGGAACAUUUACCACAGUACAAUCUCCCGGAACAACGUCUUCGAACACAUGCAGUGCUUCAACGACACCGCCAUCAGCGACCACCACAGCCACGUUCACUACACUCUCCACAAUCUCAUCGGCGACCCAUUCGCUCACCUCAUCCUAUGUCACUAAUAUGAAUUCCAAUUCAGUAUCCGCCUCAACAUGGGAAUAUGGCUUCCUUGACAUGGAAUUCGGCCUAGGUACGGAAUUUACCGAACUAGCGCCGAGCUGUAAAUACUCGUCCGCCGAUGAUUUGUUUAAAAGUAGUCUAACGCCCGUCGCUUCCACCCGCUACGACAAUGAACUGGAGCAGCCUGCUCACAUAAUGGUCGGCAGUUAGUAUCAGUUGUAAAUGAAAACGCAAUUGAUGCAGUCCGGUUCCUCAUAAUCGUCUGUAUGAUAAAAAAUUCCCUCAAGAGCUUUCAUGGAAUCCAAGAUGUGCUGCAAACACAUAUUGUGGGGCUAUGUUCCAAUACAAUUGGACUAUAAUUCAUAUCCCUGCCACACACACACACACACACACAUACAUCCAAACACAUCUCCUUACACAUAAAUAAGUAAUAAGCUCAGGUUGUGAACACAUCUCUUGUAUCUUCAACUUCAUCCUAUGGUUCUCAUCAUCCACCGCCUCACCAGAAACAAGCAUCGCCUUACCACAGAUUCCUGCUACUGAAAGCUCUCAACCUUGGCUGUUUUUCCGAACGUCGGACUGAACCAAGUCCCCCGUAAAGCGGCCCGCCAACUUCCAUACACUUGAACAAAAUGUAUUAAAUUCCUAAUUUCCUACACUAGACAAUUUUUGAUUUUGUAAAUAUUUAAGCAUAAGAGACCAGUUAAAUUAUUUAAGAAUUCUAAACUAUUUAUACAGUAUGUACAUAAUAUUGUUAGCUGCAAUCUAAGAUAUAUUGUUAUUACAUUAAGAAUAAAUAAUUUAAAACAACCUUAAAGCAAAGCAAAGUGCGAACGUGGAAACAUUUCUGCAUGUCUGUUUCUGUUUUUUGUUUUUGUCUUUUUUUUCAAUUUCGAAUUGUGAAAUUUAUUGUAAAUACUGUUUAGGCAUACUACAGAAAAUAUUUUCUUAUUUUAUAAUGUAAGAAAGCAAACACAAAAAAUGAAAAUGAAAAUGGAAAUUUCAAAUGAACAAAAAACAAAGAAAUUAUUCGGAGAAAAGAAAAACAAAUACUAUAAAUUCAAAAAUGAAAGAAAUAUACCAUGCAUUGAAAAAAACUUGUUAAAAAAUUAA